CCGCGGAGCAGGAGAAGGAGGAGGGAGAAGCAUCCGCUCGCAGCCGGCCGGCGGGUUUUUUUUCUUCCCUUCGGCUGGACGGCGCGGGCGGGAGGCGCUGAUCGUCCCGCGCGGCUGCGCUCUUGGCUAAGCGGCAACUUUGGCCCCCUCACGAAAGUGGCACUCGAGCGCUUGGCGCCAACCACCUCCAAGCCGGCAUGAGGCGCGCCGGUCAAAAAGUGGGCAAGGAGGGAGAGGAGCGGACGCCAGGUCCUGACACCGGAGCCUGAAGAUGCUGAGAUACAACCAGCUUGGAGAAAUCUUUAAAGAACUGCACUCUAAAGAGUGUGGCGUGAGCUCCCCCUGGUGGAAAACUAUUAGAACAAAAGGUUCUUGAUGUUCAAAGUGCAUCGCUCUCAAAUUAAGUCAUGGCUAUUGUCAGCACAGCGCCCCCUAGUUUCUUUUUCUUUCCAGAAAAUGAAGCCGUGGACCCAGUGAUAGUACUUCAUUACAAUUAUACUGGAAAGCUUAGCCGUGGAAAAGAAAAAAAAUUGACCAUCAUUGCACUUCUCAUUAUCUGUGGCUUUAUUAUCCUGGAGAACCUAAUGGUGCUGAUUGCCAUCUGGAAGAACAAUAGAUUUCACAACCGCAUGUAUUUUUUUAUUGGCAACCUGGCCCUUUGUGACCUGUUGGCGGGAAUAGUUUACAAAGUGAACAUUCUGAUGUCAGGAAACAAGACCCUGACUUUAUCUUCCAGGAUCUGGUUUGUUCGGGAAGGCAGCAUGUUUGUGGCGCUGGGUGCUUCUACAUUCAGCUUGUUAGCCAUUGCCAUAGAACGGCAUUUGACCAUGAUUAAAAUGAGGCCAUAUGAUGCAAAUAAAAAGUACAGGGUUUUCCUGCUUAUUGGAACGUGCUGGCUUAUCUCUCUCUCUUUGGGAGCUUUGCCCAUCCUUGGCUGGAACUGUAUUGGCAAUUUAAGAGACUGCUCCACUAUUUUACCACUGUACUCCAAGAAAUACGUGGCGUUUUGCAUCAUUAUCUUCAUAGCCAUCCUAGUGGCCAUUGUAAUCCUCUAUGCCCGCAUUUACAUCUUGGUGAAAUCAAGCAGCCAGAAUGUCACCAAUCACAACAACUCGGAGAGAUCCAUGGCAUUGCUGAGGACCGUUGUGAUCGUGGUUGGGGUUUUCAUUGCCUGCUGGUCUCCCCUCUUCAUUCUGUUGCUGAUUGACGUGGCCUGCAGAGUGAAAGAGUGCUCGAUUUUGUAUCAAGAAGAUGGCUUCAUAGCUUUAGCGGUCCUCAAUUCAGCCAUGAAUCCGGUCAUUUAUACGCUGGCAAGCAAAGACAUGCGCCGGGCCUUCUUUCGCCUGGUGUGUGGUUGUCUGGUGAAGAACAAUGUUGCCAUGUCUUUGCCUAUCCAGCCCACCCCGGAUCAGAGUCGAAGCAAAUCCAGCAGCAGCAACAACACUCCAAAACUGAAUGAUGACUUUCUGAAAACAAAAAGUUUGUCAUACAUCACUGAAAAGAAUAAACCUCCAUUUUAUAAUGGAAACGUCUGCAAGUGAAGUUUGCUGACUGGGCACUUCAAGGAUUCUUGUCCUGUGGCUUUUACAGAGCCAAAGAGAAAGGGGUGUUUUUUUUUAGUGGAGUUUCCUGCAUUUAACUCACAGGAGGGGCAAACUUGAGACAGCUGCUUAAUUCGAAGUGCCUAUUUUGAGCACUGAGUUUUAGAUCUCCAACCAACUGAUUCAGGAAAUGUUUGGGUGCCUCUGAAAGUUCCUUUGAGGGUUGUGUAAAGAAAAAAUAUGCUACCCCUGACAUUGCCUUCUUGAUGCAAUUCAACUGAAAAAGUGUACUUACUAGAGAAACAAUGUGGAAAUGGCCGCUGAUUACUCUAAAGCACUACAUGAAAUUCACUUCUUAUGUUCCAAAAUGCAACUGUGGAAGCCCUGACAGGACCCCAGCAGAGUCUUCCUCAGCCCACAUCCGUCUAGAAUCAACCUUUAGGAUUUAAGAGUGGGUCUGGACAAUUGAGCAUUAUAUGACUGGCUUUCUCUUCAGUAAUAGAAACACUUAUAAGCAUUCUGUGAUGUUCCAGUAAUUCAGCAAGCAGUCUGAGGAAAGGGCAAAAGAAUUUCAUGGUGAUGGCUGGUCAGUCAGCUGCAUAUGUGUACAAAAUGCCCUUCUCCACUGUUACUGUUCAUUGGCUGUAGGAGACAAGACUGUCCCUCUCUAUCCUGCAGUGUAAGGUGAAUAAUAUAGGAAUAUUUUAUCCAGGCUGCACUGUUGUUGAGUUCUGUUAACAUUUUCACAAAUAUUUAUUCACAGAUUUUGAGAUUUGUUAUGUCAAAAAAUCAGGGCUUAAGUUAGAAUGUGGUGGUUUAUUUUGAUAAACAGUCACAGGCCCAGCAUUUGCUAUGUUGAAGUACACCGAGCAAGGAGUCCUAGGGGGAAAAAAGGGGGGGGCGGAUUUUAAAUUGAGGCACCAAUUUUUGUUUUUCUUUGUAUUUGUUUUUCUUUUAUUAUGCCUGCUGUGUGGCAUAGGUUUACAUUAUAUGGCAUUAUAAUAUGCUAGUCUGUAUAAUAUAACUCUUCAAUGUAACGAGUACUGUGAACAUGUAAUCUUCAAAUAUUUUUUAAGUAAAUGAAGAAAACAACUUUAUGUAAGUUUUGUGAGACAGAAAAUAGAUGCUCGAUUAAUCCAGUAAUCAGCAAACUUCCAGUGCAAA